GCUCAAGGGACACCAGCCACUAUGCUGGGCUCUAAGGAACCUGAGUCAAACAGAUCCUGGUCCCGGUCCUUGAGGAGUUCCCAGUCCAAUGGGGGAGACCCACAGACCAUGGCAGCAGUGACGAUGUCGGUGCCAGGCCGGAAGGCGCCCUCUAGGCCGGGCCCAGUGCCCGAGGCUGCCCAGCCUUACCUGUUCGCGCCCCAGGGGCCGCACGGCGGUAGCGGGCCUGGCAGUUGGCCUGGGAGCUCAAGCACCUCGCCGCAGGUGGAGUGGACGGCCCGGCGCAUGGUGUGGGUGCCUUCGGAGCUCCAUGGGUUCGAGGCAGCGGCGCUGAGGGAUGAGGGCCAGGAGGAGGCGGAGGUAGAGCUGGUGGAGAGUGGACGGCGGCUGCGGCUUCCGCGGGACCAGAUCCAGCGCAUGAACCCGCCUAAGUUCAGCAAGGCCGAGGACAUGGCGGAGCUGACCUGCCUCAACGAGGCCUCGGUUCUGCACAACCUCCGAGAGCGAUACUACUCGGGCCUCAUCUAUACAUACUCUGGCCUUUUCUGUGUGGUCAUCAACCCGUACAAGCAGCUUCCCAUCUAUACAGAGGCCAUCAUAGAGAUGUACCGGGGCAAGAAACGUCACGAGGUGCCACCCCACGUGUAUGCAGUGACUGAGGGGGCCUAUCGAAGCAUGCUCCAGGAUCGUGAGGAUCAGUCCAUUCUGUGCACCGGGGAGUCUGGAGCCGGGAAGACAGAAAACACCAAGAAGGUCAUCCAGUACCUUGCCCACGUGGCUUCAUCCCCGAAGGGCCGGAAGGAGCCAGGCGUCCCCGCCUCCGCCAGCACCAUAUCUUAUGGUGAGCUGGAGCGGCAGCUCCUUCAAGCCAAUCCCAUCCUGGAGGCCUUUGGCAACGCCAAGACAGUGAAGAAUGAUAACUCUUCUCGAUUUGGAAAAUUCAUUCGCAUCAACUUUGAUGUUGCUGGGUACAUCGUGGGCGCCAACAUCGAGACCUACUUGCUGGAGAAGUCGCGGGCCAUUCGCCAGGCCAAGGACGAGUGCAGCUUCCACAUCUUCUACCAGUUGCUGGGGGGCGCCGGGGAGCAGCUCCGGGCCGACCUCCUCCUGGAGCCAUCUUCCCACUACCGUUUCCUGACCAAUGGGCCAUCGUCCUCUUCUGGCCAGGAGCGGGAGCUCUUCCAGGAGACGCUGGAGUCCCUGCGGGUCCUGGGAUUCACCCAUGAAGAAAUCACCUCCAUGCUGCGGAUGGUCUCGGCUGUUCUCCAGUUUGGCAACAUCGUCCUGAAGAAAGAACGGAACACAGAUCAAGCCACCAUGCCCGACAACACAGCUGCGCAGAAACUCUGCCGCCUCCUGGGACUGGGGGUGACAGAUUUCUCCCGCGCCCUGCUCGCCCCCCGCAUCAAAGUUGGCCGAGACUACGUGCAGAAAGCUCAGACCAAGGAACAGGCUGAUUUCGCACUGGAGGCCCUGGCCAAGGCCACCUACGAGCGCCUCUUCCGCUGGCUGGUGCUGCGCCUCAACCGAGCCCUGGACCGCAGCAUCCGCCAGGGCGCCUCCUUCCUUGGCAUCCUGGACAUCGCUGGCUUCGAGAUCUUCCAGCUGAACUCCUUCGAGCAGCUCUGCAUCAACUACACCAACGAGAAGCUGCAGCAGCUCUUCAACCACACCAUGUUCGUGCUGGAGCAGGAGGAGUACCAGCGUGAGGGCAUCCCCUGGACCUUCCUCGACUUCGGCCUCGACCUGCAGCCCUGCAUCGACCUCAUCGAGCGUCCGGCCAACCCCCCUGGACUCCUGGCCCUGCUGGAUGAGGAGUGCUGGUUCCCAAAGGCCACCGACAAAUCCUUUGUGGAGAAAGUGGCCCAGGAGCAAGGUGGCCACCCCAAGUUCCAGCGGCCACGGCAACUGCGGGACCAGGCCGACUUCAGUGUCCUGCACUAUGCAGGCAAGGUUGACUACAAGGCCAAUGAGUGGCUGAUGAAAAACAUGGACCCUCUGAAUGACAGCGUUGCCGCCCUGCUUCACCAAAGCACAGACCGGCUGACGGCGGAGAUCUGGAAAGAUGUGGAGGGCAUUGUGGGACUGGAGCAGGUGAACAGCCUUGGGGAUGGCCCAACAGGUGGCCGCCCCCGCCGCGGCAUGUUCCGGACAGUUGGACAGCUCUACAAGGAGUCCCUGAGCCGCCUCAUGGCCACGCUCAGCAACACCAACCCCAGCUUCGUCCGCUGCAUCAUCCCCAACCACGAGAAGAGGGCUGGGAAGCUGGAGCCCCGGCUGGUGCUGGACCAGCUCCGUUGUAAUGGUGUCCUGGAAGGCAUUCGCAUCUGUCGGCAGGGCUUUCCCAACCGCAUCCUCUUCCAGGAGUUCCGGCAGCGGUAUGAGAUCCUGACACCCAACGCCAUCCCCAAGGGCUUUAUGGAUGGGAAGCAGGCCUGUGAGAAGAUGAUCCAGGCCCUGGAACUAGACCCCAACCUCUACCGCGUGGGGCAGAGCAAGAUCUUCUUCCGGGCUGGGGUCCUGGCCCAGCUGGAGGAGGAACGGGACCUGAAGGUCACGGACAUCAUUGUGUCCUUCCAGGCAGCUGCCCGGGGAUACCUGGCCCGCAAAGCGUUCCAGAAGCGGCAGCAGCAGCAGAGUGCCCUGAGGGUGAUGCAGCGGAACUGCGCAGCCUACCUGAAGCUGAGACAUUGGCAGUGGUGGCGGCUCUUCACCAAGGUGAAGCCGCUGCUGCAGGUGACACGGCAGGACGAGGUGCUGCAGGCGCGGGCCCAGGAGCUGCAGAAAGUGCAGGAGCUGCAGCUGCAGAGCGCCCGCCAGGUGGGCGAGCUCCAGGAGCGCUUGGCGCAGCUGGAGGAGGAGCGCGCCCGCCUGGCAGAGCAGCUGCGGGCAGAGACAGAGCUGUGCAACGAGGCCGAGGAGAUGCGGGGGCGACUGGCAGGCCGCAAGCAGGAGCUGGAGCUGGUGGUGUCUGAGCUGGAGGCCCGCGUGGGAGAGGAGGAGGAGUGCAGCCGUCAGCUGCAGACAGAGAAGAAGAGGCUGCAGCAGCACAUCCAGGAGCUGGAGACCCACCUGGAGGCUGAGGAGGGGGCACGGCAGAAGCUGCAGCUGGAGAAGGUGACAACGGAGGCAAAGCUGAAGAAGUUCCAGGAGGACCUGCUGCUCUUGGAAGAUCAGAACGCCAGACUGGGCAAGGAGCGGAAGCUGCUGGAGGAACGUCUGGCUGAGUUCUCAUCCCAGGCAGCCGAGGAGGAGGAGAAGGUGAAGAGCCUCAAUAAACUGCGGCUCAAAUACGAGGCCACGAUUGCAGACAUGGAAGACCGCCUACGGAAGGAGGAGAAGGGCCGCCAGGAACUGGAGAAGCUGAAGCGGCGGAUGGAUGGCGAGAGCUCGGAACUGCAGGAGCAGAUGGUGGAGCAUAAGCAGCGGGCAGAGGAGCUGCGGGCCCAGCUGGGCCGCAAGGAGGAGGAGCUGCAGGCAGCCCUGGCCAGGGUGAUGGAGGAAGGCGGAGCCAGAGCCCAGCAGCUCAAAUCCCUGCGGGAGGCUCAGGCAGGGCUGGCCGAGGCCCAGGAGGACCUGGAGGCAGAGCGUGCGGCCAGGGCCAAGGCAGAGAAGCAGCGCCGGGACCUGGGCGAGGAAUUGGAGGCCCUGCGGAGCGAACUGGAGGACACACUGGACUCUACCAAUGCGCAGCUGGAGCUGCGGUCCAAAAGGGAACAGGAAGUGACGGAGUUAAAGAAGGCUCUGGAGGAGGAGACGAGAACUCACGAAGUGGCCAUUCAGGAGCUGAGGCAGCGCCAUGGCCAGGCGCUGGGGGAGCUGGCGGAGCAGCUGGAGCAGGCCCGGAGGGGCAAGAGUGUGUGGGAGAAGGCCCGGACAGCCCUGGAGGCCGAGGUGUCCGAGCUACGGGCAGAGCUGAGCAGCUUGCAGACCAUGAGGCAGGAGAGUGAGCAGCGGAGGCGCCGCCUGGAGUCACAGCUGCAGGAGGCGCAGGGCCGGGCCGGUGAUGGGGAGCGGGCACGGGUGGAGGCUGCUGAGAAGCUGCAGCGAGCCCAGGCUGAGCUGGACAACGUAUCUGGGGCGCUGAGUGAGGCUGAGUCCAGAGCCAUCAGGCUGAGCAAGGAGCUGAGCAGCACUGAGGCCCAGCUGCACGAUGCCCAGGAACUGCUGCAGGAGGAAACCAGGGUGAAGCUGGCCUUGGGGUCCCGGGCACGAGCCCUGGAGUCUGAGGCUGCCGGCCUGCGGGAGCAGCUGGAGGAGGAGGCGGCUGCCAGAGAGCGGGUGGGGCGGGAGCUGCAGGCGGCCCAGGCCCAGCUCUCAGAGUGGCGGCGGCGCCAGGAGGAGGAAGCAGGGGCACUGGAGGCAGGGGAGGAGGCACGGCGACGGGCAGCCCGUGAGGCUGAGGCUCUGACCCAGCGCCUGGCAGAAAAGACAGAGGCAGUGGAACGGCUGGAGCAGGGCCGCCGCCGGCUGCAACAGGAACUGGAUGAUGCCACCAUGGAUCUAGAGCAACAACGGCAGCUCGUGAGCACACUGGAGAAGAAGCAGCGCAAAUUCGACCAGCUCCUGGCAGAGGAGAAGGCAGCUGUACUGCGGGUGGUGGAGGAACGUGAACGGGCCGAGGCAGAGGGCCGGGAGCGCGAGGCUCGGGCUCUGGCACUGACGCGGGCCCUGGAGGAGGAAAAGGACGCACGCGAGGAGCUAGAACGGCAGAACCGGGCACUUCGGGCCGAGAUGGAGGCACUGCUGAGCAGCAAGGAUGACGUCGGCAAGAGCGUACAUGAGCUGGAACGAGCCCGCCGGGUGGCAGAACAGGCAGCCAGCGACCUGCGAACCCAGGUGACAGAGCUGGAGGAUGAGCUGACAGCAGCUGAGGAAGCCAAGCUGCGCCUGGAGGUGACGGUGCAGGCUCUCAAGGCACAGCAUGAGCGGGACCUGCAGGGCCGUGAUGAGGCUGGUGAAGAGAGGCGCCGGCAGUUGGCCAAGCAGCUGAGAGACGCUGAGGUGGAGCGGGAUGAGGAGCGGAAGCAGAGGGCACUGGCUGUGGCCACCCGCAAGAAGCUGGAAGCAGAGCUGGAGGAGUUGAAGGCUCAGAUGUCAGCUGCUGGGCAGGGCAAGGAGGAGGCCAUGAAGCAGCUUCGCAAGAUGCAGGUCCAGAUGAAGGAGCUGUGGCGGGAGGUGGAGGAGUCCCGCACCUCCCGGGAGGAGAUUUUUGUCCAGAACCGCGAAAGCGAGAAGCGUCUGAAGGCGCUGGAGGCCGAGGUGCUGCGACUGCAGGAGGAACUUGCUGCCUCAGACCGUGCCCGUCGUCAGGCCCAGCAGGAACGGGAUGAGAUGGCAGAUGAGGUGGCCAGUGGCAACCUUGGCAGGGCAGCCAUUCUGGAGGAGAAGCGUCAGCUGGAGGGGCGCCUGGGGCAGAUGGAAGAGGAGCUGGAGGAGGAGCAAAGCAACGCAGAGCUUGUCAAUGACCGCUACCGAAAGCUACUCCUGCAGGUGGAGUCGCUGACCACAGAGUUGUCAGCUGAGCGCAGUUUCUCAGCCAAGGCAGAAAGUGGGAGGCAGCAGCUGGAGCGGCAGAUCCAGGAACUACGGGAACGCCUGGGUGAGGAGGAUGCGGGGGCCCGGGCCCGCCAGAAGAUGGUCAUUGCUGCCCUCGAGUCUAAGCUGGCCCAGGCUGAGGAGCAGCUAGAGCAGGAGAACAGGGAGCGCAUCCUCUCAGGCAAACUGGUGCGCAGAGCUGAGAAGCGGCUCAAAGAGGUGGUGCUCCAGGUGGAGGAGGAGCGGAGGGUGGCUGACCAGCUCCGGGACCAGCUGGAGAAGGGGAACCUCCGAGUGAAGCAGCUGAAGCGACAGCUGGAGGAGGCUGAGGAGGAGGCCUCCCGGGCUCAGGCAGGCCGCCGGAGGCUGCAGCGGGAGCUGGAGGAUGUCACUGAGUCGGCCGAGUCCAUGAACCGAGAGGUGACCACGCUGAGGAACCGGCUCCGACGCGGCCCCCUCACCUUCACCACCCGCACCGUUAGACAGGUCUUCCGCUUGGAGGAGGGUGUGGCAUCAGAUGAAGAGGCUGAGGAGACGGAGCCAGGGGCUGGGGCCCCGCACCCAGAGCCUGACGGGGCCACGCAGGCCUCGCCCCACUGA